CACUGACUGCAACCAUUAGUGAUUGGGGGGACCUCUAAGCGGCACGCACGGGCGCGGAGGUUCACUUUCCGGGAAUAAUGAGACUUCACUGGUGAUCAAUGGGGAAGUUUAAAAUGAAAGUGGCGCUUUUUUGGAUUUUCUUUCUGCAUUUACCAAGUGUUUUAUGUUUUAGUGAGUUGUCAUUCAUCACUGAGCCCAGUGAUGUGACAGUUCUACCAAAGGACCCUGCUCUCUUGGACUGCCAAGCACAUGGGCAGCCUCCAGUCACAAUCAAGUGGCUGAAAAAUGGAGUUGCACUGGCAGAAAGUGAGCACAUUCAGCUUUUACCAAAUGGCUCUUUGUAUAUACCAAAGAUAAAGCAUACCAAAGAGAAGUCAGAUGAAGGAUUCUACCAGUGCCUCUCCAAGAACAAAUUUGGAGCCAUACUUAGCCAAAGAUCACGCCUUACUAUUGCAAGUAUUUCCGAAUUUCUUUUGCACCCAUUGCCUAUGGAGGUGACUACGGGUUCCGUGGCUCGCUUCUCUUGUGCGGUCACCGCCAGACCUCCUGCCACCAUCACCUGGGAGUUUAACCAAAGUACACUGCCGCUACAAACAGACAGAAUCACAGUUUUGCCCAAUGGAGUCCUUCAGAUUCACAAUGUGCAACUAAAGGAUGCCGGACAGUAUCGAUGUGUUGCGACCAACAUUGGAAGUCGACAGAAGAGUCGAGAGGCAAAGCUGACAGUCAGUCAAGGUGUGGCUGCUAAAACCCAUCAGAGGCCCAGAAUUAUAGCCGGACCCCAGAACAUGACAGUUUCUCUCCACCAAACUGUGGUGCUUGAGUGCUUAGCCACUGGAAACCCCAGCCCGAUUAUCUCAUGGAGCCGUGCCGAUAGUAAACCCAUUGAUAUAUAUAAAGCCAAAGUGUUGGGGAAUGGGAACCUGGUUAUUACAAACGUCAAUUCCAAACAUAGUGGAGUCUACCUCUGCAGAGCCACCACCCCCGGAACUCGCAAUUACACCAUAGCUUCUGCCAACCUCACCGUCCAAGUCCCGCCAUCUAUUGUUGAGAAGCCUGAGAGCCAGACCCGUCCUAGAGCUGGCACUGCUCGGUUUAUGUGCCAAGCUGAAGGAGUCCCCCCACCCCGCGUUAGCUGGCUAAAGAACGGUGAAGAUGUUCAUCUAAAUGGACGAAUUAAGAUGUACAACAGUAAAUUGGUGAUUACCCAGAUUAUCCCAGAGGAUGAUGCCAUUUAUCAGUGUAUAGCAGAGAGCGAACAGGGCUCUGUGCUAUCUUUGGCUCGCCUUAUUGUUGUUAUGUCAGAAGACAGGCCUAGCGCUCCGAGGAACAUCCACGCAGAAACCAUCUCGAGCUCGGCUAUUUUGCUGGCGUGGGAGAGACCGCUGUAUAAUGCGGACAGAGUCAUUGCAUACUCCAUCCAUUACAUGAAGGCCGAAGGUCUGAACAACGAGGAAUACCAAGUUGUCAUUGGUAACGAUACAACUAGUUACAUUAUCGAUGACCUUGAGCCGGCUCGGAAUUACAGCUUCUACAUCGUGGCCUACAUGCCAAUGGGAGCCAGUCGUAUGUCCGAUCAAGUCAGUCAACAUACCCUGGAGGAUGUGCCUCUACGUACACCAGAGCUGCGUUUGAUAAGCCACAACUCAACAGACAUCCAGGUGAGCUGGCAGCAGCUUCCCUCAAAAGUGAGCCGUGGUAGGGUGUCUGCGUACAGGCUGUCCUAUCGCACGGCUGCAGACAAUACAGUCAUAUCUGUGGAGCUGCCACAGAACAGCACUGAAUAUCUCCUGGAGGGCCUCCAUCCGGACACGAUCUACCUUCUCCGAAUGGCCGCAGCAACCCGCAUGGGCUGGUGCGAACCAUCAGCAUGGACCUCUCACCGAACACCCAAGACAUCCAGUCGCAAAGUGCCCUCAGCUCCUAUUCUACAACUUGAGCCACUGAACUGCACCUCAAUUGUGGCGCGUUGGCAAAUCGCCCCAGAGACAGAGGCAAUCCUCGGUUAUCGCCUGCGUUACCAUGAGGACAGCCAAUCAGAACAGCCAGUCAUCCAGCUGCAGGCUCUAACCUACACUUACACCAUCAGCGGCCUCGAUCCUAGGAGAAGAUAUCGUAUCAAGAUGCUGGCUUAUAGUCAAUCUGGAGAUGGCUAUGAGACAGACCAGUCCAUCAGUACUCCAGGAUGUGUCUCUGCAAGGGACCAAAUGGCAGCCACCCCUCCGUCUCCUGAUCAUGUGACAGUCUUGGCCAGCAAUUCCUCUGAAGUGUCCUUACGUUGGAACCAUCCCACUUUCCCCACUGGGAAGGCCGUCAGCUACACUGUCCGCUACACGAUAGCGGGCAUGCACAAUGCUUCUGCUCUACGCUACCUACAGACAACCAAAGAGAAUGUGACUGUGCAAAAUUUGGAUCCAAACACUCGCUAUGAGUUUGUGGUACGUCUUCAUGUGGAUCAGAUGUCGAGCCCUUGGAGCCAUGUCGUUUACCAUCUCACACAGCCAGCAGCUCCCAGACGACCGCCUACUGGAGUGAGAUUAACUCUGAUCGAGGACGACACGGCAUUAGUGUCCUGGAAGGAACCCACUGAGCCCAAUUUGGUGGUGACACACUACACUAUACUUUAUGCUUCCCAAACAUCCUGGAUGGCUGGACGCUGGCAAAUAAUUCAAAGAGAGGGAAGCCAUACAAUGGCUCUUUUGGAGAAGCUAGAACCAGGGAACGUCUAUCUGGUGAAGAUCUCAGCCUCCAACCAAGUGGGAGAUGGGCCAUUCUCAGAUGUCGUCGAGCUGGCUAUGAACCGUGGGAAUGUCCGUCGGAACAAAAAUGCCUGGCACUCGGAUAGCUUUCAGCACACUGCAGUCUUUUCUGAUGGGCUGUACCACAUAGACCAGAGAUCCAUGACUGGAAUCAUUGCUGGCGUGAGCAUCGCCCUGGCCUGUAUUGUAAUUUGCGCGUUGAUCCUUAUCAGUAAAGGAAGACCAAGAAAAUCGUCCAGCCACAAAGUGGUUGCUGUGCCGGCUGGUGAAGCGUUGUCUUUGCCUCACGGGUGCCAUGUAGCGAACUCUGAGGCCCUCAUACCAAUGAUGAGUACCAACUUCAUUGACAACAAAGGUGGAUCAAAUAUGCGAAUAAAUAGUACUGGACCACUCAUGAGCAAAAAUCACAGCAACAGGUGGCUGCUCUUCAACAGAGAUGCCAGCGCUCCAACUCAGAUUGAUGUUGAAGGAAUGGCCUGUUUGUACGAGGCUGGCAAAACUGUUCUUCGGUAUGAGGAGAAUUUAAGCACUGCUCCUUUUCCUCCGUCGUCACGGGAGAUCAUUUUUGGACCCUUUCACACUGAGAGCUCUCAAAGCAGUGAGGGCAGCCAAGAGACGGGAGACUCCGGACACUACUCCAAUGAGGAGAGCAAUGAAGAGAUGAGACAUGACUCCAUCUGCCCGCCGGAUGACACGACCACAGCUGAGCCAAAGCCGUCUUUCCGAAUGGAAAACGAGAAACACAUUUGUUACCAUCUCUCGGCGCACGACGAUGCCCGGCCCCGCUGCGCCUCGGACGGCAGCUAGCGGCCUCAAAGAUCACCCGUCGCAGGAUUUACCAGUUCUACCUCGUUUGCUUCCUGGUUUUGAGCCCUUUGGUUUUUUCCUGUGGCACAAGGAAACAGGAAGUCAGCUGCUGUGAAGGAGGAAAUGACCAUUUUCUUCAGAGCUACCUCAGGAUUUUGGAUGAAUGUUAAUGAAAAUGUUUCUUUUCUUUUUUUUUUUUUAUUUUUAACAUUCUACCUGUUGGUCUUUGUGGCAUCAUUCUGUCCUGAACCAAAGCUCACCCCUAAUGAAUGUUUUAAAGAAUGUGCUGUGAUACAUUUGCUUGUAUUUAAUUUGUUUUCCACUGGAGCUGAGGAGGUGUUUGAUUGUCUACCUCGAUUGUUGUUUCUCCAUGACUAAGUCCUUUUAAAAAAAAUUUUUUUUUUUUUUUUAUUGCUUCUGUUGGAGUUGUGGAUUUUAUAGUCGGGGUUUGAUGAACUUUUGUUUCCUAUGACCUGUCUUUUUUCAUACCCUUUUGUUGUGUGAAGGGAAAAAAACAAGUGCAUUAGAUGUCAAACGAGUCGGAUUGUAUGAGAUGGACAUUUUCAGUGCACUGAACUCAAAGCUUUACAUGGCCUUAAUAGUGGAUGGGCCAUCCAAAGACGGAAACAUUUGUACCCAAAGAGUUGGUAAAUAUAGGCAACCAAAAAUAUAGUAGAUGUACAUGAAGAAAUCUUUUCCAAAAUGCUGUUACGGGCCAUGGAUGUACAUUUUUUUUCUUAAUGGUGGUUUGAAUGCUUUUCUCGGUGUAAAACUUUUAGUCUGGUGAAAGCUUUAGCGCAAGUCCCCGUGGCUUGUGCUCCGUUUGCCUUCUCGACCCUUGCUAAGUGCAGCGGUGACGCCCAUGCUAUUAUCCAAAGAGUUGUCUGCUUCCUCAAAUGGGUGUGGCUUUCCAUUAAGUCGGUCCUCAGCAAGAUGCGGUCGACACUAUUGAUCCCGUGUCUUGUCAGUGAUAGAUGAUGGUAUUUAUUGUUCAGGCGUGCGUCAUCUAACACUCACCCCACUAAUGUGAUGUAUGGGGGAUUAUUAUCAUUGCCUCUUUGAAUUUACUGUACUGGUGUGAGACAGUGAAGGAUUCUGACUAUCAAAAUGGAAGCCCAGUGUGUGUGAAGAGCAACAUAAUCAAUUUCUUAAAUCUUUGUAAUACAAAUGAUUUUAACCAAAGAAGCUUUAAGUCUCUAAUUUAGUGAUUUUCUUUGGGUUCAUUUACAAAGUUUGCAUUUAAAUAGUCUUUAAUUUCUAUUUGGUUUUCAUUGGUACAAGGGCAAUUUUCUACGUUCUCAAAACUACUCUGAUUUCACCUUAAUGAAAAUUAGGUCUACUGUACAUGUAAAAUUUAGAUGAUUGUUUAAACAUAUGGUAAUUAUAUGUCUGAUUUUCACUGUGGCAAUUCCCUAAGUUUAUAUUGCUUUCAUGUUCAGUUUUUCUGUGUUUUUCAUUAUUAUAAUUGCUAUAAUUACAAAUAUUGACAUGAACGCCACAGAAAAAUUUGCUGAUGACUCAGGUGCCAAAUGUAGAUCUAGUAUGUAGACUUGAAUGUUAAUUUAAAUCAUGUUUUCCUCUGAUUACCUUACUUUUUAAUACCAAAAUAUGUGUUUUGAUCCAAAGAGUGCAACAAAGCAAAAAUAUUUUAUGGGUUGGAAUGUUGCAACCAUCUUUUUGAUACUCUCAAGAUAAAUGAUAAUAA